AUGGGUUCUGUGAUGCUAGACCGGAGGUUUUCAUGUGUUCUGGUGCAGACAGCUCUCUGGCUGCUGCUCAGCAAGGGGGAGAGGAUGUGUCCUGCGAAUUGUCGCUGCGAAGGCAAGCUCGUCUACUGCGAGUCGGGCAUAUUCCGAGACAUUCCAGAGAAUAUCACAACAGGAUGCCAAGGUCUAUCACUGCGCUAUAACAACCUGCUGGUGCUGAUGCCCUACCAGUUUGCGCAUCUCAAUCAGCUUGUCUGGCUCUAUUUGGACCACAAUUCCAUCAGUGCUGUCGAUGUUUUAGCCUUCCAUGGUGUGAGGAGACUCAAAGAACUCAUCAUCAGCUCCAAUGAGAUAAAUCACCUGCGCAACAACACAUUCAGCCCCAUCCCAAACUUGCGGAAUUUGGAUCUAUCCUACAACAAACUUCAGUCCCUGCAGCCGGGACAUCUGUUUGGCCUGCGCAAGCUGCAGAAUCUACACCUUCGAUCCAACGGACUAAAACAGAUUAUAGUCCGUACCUUUCUGGAAUGCCGCAGCCUUGAAUUCCUGGAUUUAGGUUACAAUCGACUACGGAGCCUGACCCGCACCACCUUUUUGGGACUGUUUCGGCUCAAAGACCUUCAUUUAGAGCACAAUCAAUUUUCACGGAUUAAUUUCUACAUUUUUCCACGCCUCAUCAACCUUCAGGCUCUUUAUUUGCAAUGGAACCGCAUACGAGCUGUCAGUCAAGGUGUACCUUGGACCUGGCUUAAAUUGCAGAAACUGGACCUUUCAGGAAAUGAGAUCCAAACAUUGGACCCCUUGGUUUUCCAGUCAAUGCCAAAUUUACAAACGCUCAAUCUGGAAUCCAACAAGCUCAGGAGUGUGCCGGUGGAAGCCGUGGCAGCGUGGAUUUCAGUGACCAACAUUGGACUGGCCGGUAACGCCUGGGAUUGCAGACCAACCAUCUGCCCGCUCAUGGCAUGGCUCAGAACCUUGAGAGACCCCAAGGACAUCAGCAUGAUCUGUAGCAGUCCUAAGUCUGCACAGGGAGAGAGAGUUGUGGACAUUGUGGGGAACCAUUCCUCCUGUGUGGACAUAAUGUCUAAUCCUGCUCAAACUGAGUCUUCGGUGCAGACGUUAACACCUUCAGCUAGCCCGCCUAAUGAGACAGACAGACAGAGAGAAAAACCCACAGCUGUGAUCUCCUCAUCACAUCCUUCGCCUGACCCUUCUACCUCACCCUUCCCAGAGUUACCAUUUGAACAUAUGGCUUUCCAUAAAAUCAUUGCGGGCACGGUAGCCCUGUUUUUGUCAGUGUCACUGAUCCUCCUCGUUAUUUAUGUCUCAUGGAGGCACUAUCCCAACACCGUGAGGCAACUACACCAACACUCAGUCAAACAUAACCGCAGGAAAAAAGCCCGAAAGCAGGAGCAGGACCUUAACUCUCAGUUGCAAGAGUACUACUUGAGCUACCAUUCAAACUCUGAGACCAUGGAUUCGCUGGUAAACGAGGCAAGACCAUGCACGUGCACUAUUUCAGGAUCAAUAGAAUGUGAAGUGUAG